UGUGUUUUUUUUAUUUUUAUAAAUGAUAAAAGUUUAAUUAGGAUAAAUCAUUAGCUGAACUAAUUUAGUGAUACGUUGUCAGUUGUUGAAUAUGAAGGUUCUCGUUGUUGCUUUCCUGUGCACCUUCGCCGCCGUCCAGGGGCGUAGCGCAUUGAGUGAAUUGUCAGCGUCUGCUGGCGAGAAUCCUUACGUGGUUCACAUCCGCCUGGCGACUUCUGAUAACAAUGGACUUCUCAGCACAUGCGCUGGCUCCCUGAUCGGCUCCACAUGGGUUCUUACAAGCGCUGACUGCGUUAAAAAUUCUCGUUUCAUGUGGCUUCGUUUCGGGGCUGUAGACGUGUUCCGCCCCGCGUUUUUGGCUGAGGGGAACCUCAACGUACGCGUCCAAGAUGGACUCGCUCUUAUCAACGUGAACAGAGCCAUCGAAGAGAACGACGUAAUUCGUCGCGUGUCUUUAGCUGAGGCUGAAUCCGAAGUUCCUGAAAGCGGCAAAUUGUGCGUCUUCGGAGCUGAAAACGAUGCACCCGGAAGUCAAUUGAGUUGUUCAAACGUCGAGGUUGCUGCCAAUGAAGCCGGCGAACUCGUCGCUGACAGUGGAGCUUCCAAAUUCGACCUCGGAGCGGCUCUGGUGAGUGACGGCGUACAGGUUGGAGUACUUUCAAGCGUUGGCGAAUCAUCUGUGUUCGCAUCAGUUGCCAAAAAUAGAGAUUGGAUCAAACAAGUCACCGGUUUGUAAGACGUUUGAAGUGUCCAAAAGUUAGCACUUUGUUUUGUAAUAUGUGAAUAAAUAUUGAAAAAAUAUA